UGGCGGAGGAGCAAGUAGCCUGUUGAUCACUUGGAUCAUCAUCACACUUUAUUUCAAAAGAACGAUGCCAUGCAUUAGAAUAACAAGUUUUCAUUGGAAGUCCACAAAAAAUGACACAAAUAUAGAGGCUGUCAUAAGAAAUAAUGGAACCUUAUGUCCCAAAAGAUACAGUUACUUAGACGUCAAGAAAAUGACAAAUUCAUUUAAAGAAAAACUAGGUAAAGGGGGUUAUGGAAGUGUGUACAAAGGAAAGCUACUAGAUGGCCAUCUUGUUGCUGUGAAAGUGCUCAAUACAACCAAAGGAAAUGGUCAAGAAUUUAUCAAUGAGGUUGCAAGUAUUAGUCGAACUUCCCAUGUUAACAUUGUUACUCUCUUAGGAUUUUGUUUAGAGGGUCAGAAAAGAGCUCUAAUUUAUGAGUUCAUGCCCAAUGGAUCUUUAGAAAGAUUCAUUUACAAAGAAGCUACCAUGAAGGACUGUCAGCACUUGUCAUUGGAAAAAUUGUUCGAAAUUGCAAUUGGGAUAGCUCGAGGACUUGAAUACUUGCACUGUGGUUGCAACACUCGAAUUUUGCAUUUCGACAUAAAGCCUCAUAAUGUUCUUCUAGAUGAUAAAUUUUUCCCAAAAAUCGCUGAUUUUGGGCUUGCAAAACUAUGUACCAUGAAAGAGAGUAUUGUAUCAAUGUUGGAAGCUAGAGGGACAAUUGGUUACAUAGCUCCAGAAGUAUUUUGCAGAAACGUUGGAGGUGUUUCGCAUAAAUCUGACGUUUAUAGUUAUGGAAUGGUGAUUCUAGAGAUGGUUGGAGGAAGAAAAAACAUAAAUGUUGGGGUAAGUCAAACUAGCGAGAUAUAUUAUCCUCAUUGGAUCUAUGGGUAUGUUGUACAAGGCAAUAUGGAACCUCAAUUAUUAGGCCUUAAGACUAUAGAAGAAACUGAGAUUACGAAGAAGAUGAUAUUGGUGGGAUUGUGGUGCAUACAAACAAAUCCACUAGACAGGCCUUCAAUGAGUAAGGUGAUAGAGAUGUUGGAAGGAAGCGUAGAAGUAUUGCAAAUUCCUCCUAAGCCUUACCUAUCUUCCCCUUCAAGAACACCAAUGGAUUCUACCUUUAUAACAUUAUCCUAAUAUACUUGUAAGAGUGUGCCUGGAGACCAAUAACAAGAUUAUUGUAAUACAUACUGCUUCUAUUUUUUUAAUAAAAGACAUUUCCAUUAUUAUGUUCA